AUGAGCGGACGAAAGUCGCGGAUCGGAUGCAGCCGGCGGCAGCGGGGUGCCGGCGGCGGGCGUGACCUGGCAGGUCCUGAUCGCGAUCAGCGGCGGAAGCCGGGCCGGCUUCCGGGACGUACUCCGCCGUCUGUGCGCCCAGAUGGCUCCCGGCACGUGCUUGUGCUGUACAAGACAACCAUUUGCAAGCACUGGAAGCAGCGCGGGACGUGCAAGUUUGGAUCCAAGUGCCUCUUUGCGCACGGGGAGACCGACCUUCGCUCACGCAACGACAAUCUGGGACAUACCAAGACCAUCAAGCAAGUCUUCCGCCCUUCGCCGUCUCCGCUGGCGCUUCCGCGGCCGGCUCGACCGGCCCGCCCGCGGCAAGCAAGGCGGGGGCCGGCCCGGCCCGCAACCGACCGGCGCUCGUCGACCAAGAGCUCGUCGGGCAAGGCUUCUGCGGCGCGGCACGCCUAUCCUUCUGCCGGCUUGCACCGCCUGUCACUUGCUGACCGUCGACCGAUCGCCGACGAGUCGGACACGUCGUCGGAAGCGUCCGAGGCCUCGUCUGCCUCGGCGGCCUCGGUGACGUCCGUGGCGCCGACCGAGCAGGCGACCGCGAUGGCGAACGCGGCGGCAACUGCGCCCGCGGCCAAGCCUGCGGCCAAGUCCGCGACUGCGCCCGCCAUGGCGCCGGCGGCAUGCUGCUCCAAGCGGCCGCAGGCGACCGCGCCACGAGCUUCGGCAUCCGCAAGCGUUGAGAUUUGCCUCAGCUUUGCGGCCAUUGGCAUCUGCCCGCAUGGCGAUCUGCAAAGCGGUGGAUGCCCAAUGCGGCACAUGACCCGGCGGACGCCGGGCUCGGCCUGGAGCGGCGCGUCGUGGUGGCGUCCGCGGCUGGCAGUGUUCGAAGCGCUGACCAAGGCCCAGCACCUGUAACUUGACCUUGGACAAUAAACCAUCAUCAUCUUCAC